CAGUAGCCUACGAGGAUUUUUCUUUUCGAAACGAAGAAUGGCCAAAAGUGUUCAUUAAAUUUAAUGUAAAUGCUGCAGACGUAAUUUUUUCUGGAGGCUGAGUUUUCCAACGGGAGUUACAGAAAAGAAAAAUUGAGAACAGUUUUGAAAGUUUAAUAAUUAAUCAUAAAAGUUGACAAUGACUGAUAUUAUGUACCUGAAAAAUGAACUUUCAACUUUCUUCAAGAAAGCAGUGAAGUUGAAUGAUUUUGAUGAUUUCAUGGAAAAAGCUCGUCCAUUACUGUCAUCAUUUAAUGAUACUGAUUUGAAAUCCAUUGUUGAGUUGACUAUUAGAGAAGUCCUUGUGGAAUUAAUUAGCUUAGAUACAGACAUAUCAUAUUUGGAAUUAGUGUUCCAGUUUUCUAUUGAAGCUGCUGUGCAUGAUCUAGCUCCUGGAAAUGUGCCUGUUCUUGUUUUGGGAGACAUGUUUGAAUCAUCCACAAUAGUUCAAUGUGAAAAAAUAUUUGCUUUUGUUGAAAGUAGAGUGGAAACUUUCAAAAAGGACUUAUUUUUCAAAAGUUGCAAAAAUCAUCUUUUGAGAUCUUGCAAUGAUCUGUUACGGCGUCUCUCAAGAUCCCAAAAUACUGUGUUCUGUGGACGGAUUUUAUUAUUUCUUGCACGGAUUUUUCCUUUGUCUGAACGCUCAGGCUUAAACAUCAUAAGUGAGUUUAAUUAUGAGAAUACUACUGUUUAUAGCACAAAUGAUGACAUUUUUAGUGAUAUGGUUCCCGAUAAAGGAGACAGCACUGAAGAAGAAGGAGAAAUUACUUCUCGCAAUCAAAGCCCUAUAGUUGCUGACAAAAAUUUAUAUCAGAAAUUUUGGUCUUUACAAGAUUUCUUCCGUAGUCCAACUACAUGUUAUAAUAAAAUACAAUGGAAAAAAUUUGCAAGUUGUACAGCUGACAUUCUCACAGUUUUUGGAAGCUUCAAAUCAGAUGAUGCUAAUUCUUCAAAAUGGAAGCAAGCAAAGUUGCCUUCUCCUAAUGGUGCUUGUGUUUAUUUUGCUAAGUACCUCACCAGCCCUAAGCUUUUAGAGCUUGAACUAAGCGAUAGUCACUUCCGUCGAUAUGUGCUGGUCCAGUUUUUAAUUCUUUUUCAGUAUCUAACUUCACCUGUUAAAUUCAAACUGGAAUUUUAUAUCUUAACUGAUGAUCAACAAUCCUGGCUAAAAGAUACAACUAAGAAAGUAUAUAAACUUUUGGAAGAAACACCUCCAAAUGGUACAGAUUUUGCUCAAGAUGUUGAGAAAAUUUUACUCAGAGAAGAAUAUUGGAACGCUUGGAAAAAUGAAGGAUGUCCCGACUUUAAGCAAGUUACUGAAAAAAUUGAUUUAGAAAAGAGGGGUAAAAAACGUCCUUUGGAAGAGUUACACACUUAUAAACCAAAAUUAAACUCGGACUUAAUUAAACUGUGGAGUACUACUCCCAAUAAUUGGGAAGCUUGCAGAAAUUCUAAAAGAAAUUUCAUCCCAUCUUUAGAAUCAUUUUUUGGAAUUUCUUCAGGGAAAAUAGACAGCAGUUACAAAAGAAAUUUAAGAGAUUCAAAGUAUGCUUGGAAGGCUUUAAGGCUUUUAUGCAUGAAAUCUCCUCAUAUUUUUACCUCUAAUUCUGUUCCUGCUAAAAGCGUUCCCGAGUACUUGGAGAAUGUAAUACAGAAAAUGGUUAAAGAUAAACCCCCAGUCCAACAAGAUAUGAUGACAGCCGAAACUGCUGGAGAAGAUUCUAUAGAAGAUGGAAAUGAUGAAUUUCUUCCUGCAUCUGAAGAAGAUUCUAAAGAUGAAAGAGUGAAAAAAGAUGUACUUACAAGGUCUAUGAUUGAGACUCUAUCAAGCAAAAUUCAAACCAACUGGCGUGCCCUUUCUAUUCAACUUGGUUUUCAAGAUGAUGAAAUCGAGUAUUUUGAGGAAUCAUUUCCCAAAAGUAAACUUCAAGUUCAAGAAAUGCUUACUGUUUGGAUGGAAAGAGAUGGUAGCCUCAGUGUUCUUACUAAAGCACUCCAAUCAGCAGGGCUAUCAAACGUUAUACCUCUUCUUUCACAACAAGAUUGAAAAUUGUCUUUUUAAAGAUGUAAGAGGGCUCUGAUGCUGACUUUUAACAUGUAUUAUGUCCAAUAAAUUGUAAAUAUUU